AUGGCUGUUGGCCCAACACUCGGCACCGGCCUGUUCAUCGGCGCGGGUGAGGCUCUGGCCGUGGGCGGGCCGGCCUCCCUCCUCAUGUCUUACGCCUUCCUGUCAUUCCUAACUUACUCCAUGGCCACGACGGUGGCCGAAGUCGCCACCCACAUGCCUUCGGAACACGGGACCAUGGUGACCCACGGCUACCAGUACAUGUCCAGCAGCAUGGGAUUCGCCACGGCGAUGCUCCGGUGGUACUCCAUGGCGAUGCUGGUCCCCUUUGAGACUACGACAGCAAUGGUCAACCUCGGUGUAUGGCAGCCAGGUCGCAAUGUCACCAUGCGCUUGGGAUUGAUCACAUCCAUUGUGGUGGGGACCAACUUUCUUCCCGAGCGAUUUAUUAAGAUGUCCGAAGUGCUGUUCACUCGCAUCAAGGCCGGCACAAUGGUUGCCUUCCUCGCUCUCUCCCUGUCGAUCGGACUCGGCGGCGCUUCUGGUCAUGAGCAGUGGGGGUUCAAAUACUGGAAGGACCCUGGCGCGAUGCGUGAAUACUUGGCACACGGAUCGCUGGGACGAUUCUUGGGUUUGUUACAAUGUCUGCUCCAUGCCGCCGUCGCGUUCGCUUUCGCACCUGAGUUGAUCGUGCACCGCGCUGAGAAUUCCGAGUUGGCCGAGGCUACCAAGCGUACCGAGAAUGGUCAAGCUCCCCAGAGCAGCAGCAUCCCUUCCAGAACGGCGACCGAUGUGUUGCAAACUGUAUUCCCAUACGUCCUGAGUGCCGUUGCCAUGGGUGUGAUGGCUCCGUUCAACGAACCCCAAUUGAGCAACAAUGGAGCUGGCGCCGGGUUAUCCCCCUUCGUCAUCGGCCUCAAGACAGCCCAGGUCAAUGUUCUCCCCGUGACGGCGACCAUCGCUAUCUUUCUCUCGUGCGUGGCCUCGGGUCGGUCGUUUCUUUACCAAUCCUCACGCAUUCUGUGUGCCAUGUCCGAACUGGGAUACGCGCCCCAGAUGUUCCAGUCUCGCAAUCGCUGGGGCGUUCCCUGGAUCGCCGUGGCCACGUCCGCCUCGUUCACCGGCGUAGCAUUUCUGUCUGCGAUGCGCUCAAGCUCGGUGGUGUGCAACUGGCUGCUCCGCUUCGUCACAACCUCCGGGUACAUUUCCUGGCUAAGUUCCUGCAUCGUCUACCGCCGCUUUCACCAGCAAAUGAAGAGGGAUGAAACUAUUCCCCGAGACCGAUUCGCCAUUCAACCAAUGGCAACAUCCUUUGGAAUUCUUGCCAGCGCCGGCCUGCUCGUUUUUGGCGGGUUGAAUGCGGUCGCUCCGAGCACUGCGUCUGAAUCACGACCUGUGAGAGCGAUCACGACGUACUCGGGGAUCCCGGUGUUUCUUUUCCUGUAUGUGGGACAUCGAUUCAAUUCGCGGACGCUGCCGAAGAAGCAGAGGUGGGCGGACAAUAACCGACCAGCUGAGCCGGGGGAAGGUGUGCAUGUAGUUCCCGAUUCGUGGCCGCGGCGAGUCCAUGGGCAACCUUCGAAUUCAUUUCACCCUUUGGGUUCCUUUGAGAUGCAAGAGCACCCGCGGAUGGUUGGGGCGUGA